AUGGCGAACGCUGGACGAUACAACUUGGGCUCAAUACGCCCGGCUGUGAUUGGUAUGGGCCGAGUCUUUGGUGCGAGCUUGACGGCUGUCUCUGCCUUUCCAGUUGACACUAAGGGCCACCAUGACGCUGGCGAAGAGGGCGGUUCCAGCCUCUGGGUCCUCGCUGUUGCCUCAAUGGUUCUGGUUCUUCUUGGUGGUGCUUUUGCUGGAUUGACAAUUGCGCAAGUUCCCCUCCCUCUUGGCGAUGCGCGACGCAUGCUGACCUACCCACAUUGGGUUCUGGUCACACUGCUGCUAUCCAACGUCAUUGUCAACGAGUCACUUCCCGUUGUAUUGGACCGAACUCUUGGAGGAGGUGUUGCUGCUGUCGUUGGCAGUACUGUUCUCAUCGUUAUUUUUGGUGAAAUUGUUCCCCAGUCCAUCUGCGUUCGAUAUGGUCUUCCGAUCGGCGGAUACAUGUCUACCCCAGUUCUUCUUCUUAUGUACCUCACCGCUCCCGUUUCCUGGCCUAUUGCAAAGCUUCUCGACUGGAUUCUGGGUGAGGAUCAUGGUACCUUGUACAAGAAGAGCGGACUGAAGACGCUAGUCACCCUCCACAAGUCUCUGGGUGAGAUUUCCGAGCGUUUGAACCAGGAUGAGGUUACGAUUAUCACGGCUGUUUUGGACUUGAAGGACAAGCCUGUUGCUGAAGUCAUGACGCCCAUCUCCGAUGUUUAUACGCUUGCCGAAGACCACAUCCUCGAUGAAAAGACUAUGGAUGAUAUUCUAUCCUCCGGGUACUCGCGAAUUCCUAUCUAUCGUUCUGGAAAUCACUUGGACUUUGUUGGCAUGCUUUUGGUCAAGACACUCAUCACCUACGAUCCCGAAGAUAGAAUCCCCGUCCGCGAUGUGCCUCUCGGCGCAAUUGUCGAAACCCGCCCUGAGACCAGCUGUCUGGACAUCAUCAACUUCUUCCAGGAGGGCAAAUCGCACAUGGUGCUGGUAUCGGAAUUUCCCGGUUCUGACCAUGGUGCCCUAGGUGUUGUUACUCUUGAAGAUGUGAUUGAGGAAUUGAUUGGAGAGGAAAUUGUUGACGAAUCCGAUGUCUACGUCGAUGUACACAAGGCUAUCCGACGUCUUACUCCCGCACCACGAGCCCGCCGAAUUCAUGCAACUGCUGCGGCAGCCGCUGCAAUGGCCACUAAGAAGGCCCCAGGCGACUCUAUUUUGGUCGAUGUUGAAGAACACGCUGAGGAACACCCUCCCAAUGUUGAGACUGCUUCUUUCCACAGCAAUUAUGAAGGAGGCUUCCACAAUGCUGCCAAGACUGCUAUUCACAUGAAGCGCCGGACCUCUGAUGGUGGCAUUGAAGGCACCCCAGUUGUUGUGAAGGCUAGUCUAGAUGAAAUGAGGUCUCAACUUCGUCUUGGACCUGCGAACCGAGCUGCGAACCCCCGCAGCAAUACCCGCAGCCUCUUCAAAAUCAAACAAGGUCUUGGGGCGAGCCAUACGCCCCCCAACGAUGGCUCAAGACCUGCCCAGCCGCGCGCUGCAUCCCACAUGGGCUUCACAAGUACUCAUGGACAAUCGCAGGCGCGGACUCAGGGGCAUGAACGAACACCGUUAUUAGCUGAGGAUCACGAAGAAGCUAUCGACAGUGAUGAAGAUGACCACGUUCAUAAAACAAAUGGUCGGCAUUAG